AAGCAAGCGAUGUGUUCGAAUCGAUCAAAACUUCGUUCAGUGUAGUAAAAAAACGAAGGAAAUGUGGGAGGAUUGAUGACAUUCACUUUUUGCUACACCGCUGACAGAACAAUUUGAAGUCCCGUUCAAGAAUAAUAUUAGUAUUUUUUCAAUAAGGAGACAUUGUAGUGUUAAAAAAUGCAGCAAGCAAUACAACAAACACGUAUCAACCAGUUAAGUAGAAUCCAAGUGCAACAACAGAGGCACUCAAGGACUAUCAAAAAGCAGACACUUUCUGAAAGUAAUAUACCCUCUAGUACAUCAAAGCAGCAAGGAUCCAUAUCAGUAUCACAGGGAAUGAAUGAUUUCCAAGCAAAAUUGAAGGCCGAGUCAGCUAGAGUUAUCGAAUGGCAAACCCAGAAAGAUUCACAGUGCAAAGAAAUGGAAAAAAGUGUACAACAACUAGAGGAACUUGUUGAAAGACAGAGAAAAAAUCUAUUAGAGCAACAAAAGAACUGUGAACAAGUGUCUCAGCAGUGUGCUAAUGAAAUAAAACAGCAAGAAGAAUUAGAAACAAAUGAAUCACAUUAGUGAUGUCAUCAUCUUAUUGGGAUACUGGAUUGUCUUCAGGACGCUGGCACUUCUGGAUCAUGCUCACUAUUGUCUGGUGAGAUAACUGGGCAUGAUCCUUUAAUGCUUGAUGAUGUGGCAGUGACUGUUGAAUUGGGACUUUCGCAGUUGAAGUCCAGUUCAUUGUCCUCCCAGCAACUGCAGCCUGAUGUCGCCUCCACCACUGCCACUAAUGCUGUUGAUGGAUGUACGAGAGAAACAUGUUGAUGAUGCCAGUAGAUGGAAAGCAGCUCGUUCCGCAUUUGAGCAGAAGAUGCGUGACACUGAAGAAAAACUUCAUGGUCUAGAAAGAGAACUGAAAGAAAAGGACAGUCACUUGACAUGUGUGAAAAUGCAGCUGCAGCAGAUAAAAGAGGCGAUGGAUAAAAUCAUAGGAGAACUUACUUCAAAAAUUGACAGCGUAAAGACAGCAGUGAUGGAAACAGAGAAUGAGAAGAACAAUUUGAAAGAUGAAAAACACAAAUUACUAAAUAUAUCUGAUGAGUUUCAGAAAAUGCAAGCAUCACAUAAAGAAUUAUUGUCACGUAUUAAGGAGGUUACAGAUCACUUGUCAACAUCAACAGACAAUCUGUCACAAAUACAGGCUGCACACCAUGAGAAGAAUGAACUUCUGAGUAAAACAUUGUCAGAAGUUAAAGACUUAAAUCAAAAGAUGAGAAAUGAAACAUCUUGUCUAGAUGUCUUAAGACAACAGCUUCAAGAAGAAUCAUCAUCAAGAAAAGUUCUUGAAGAGGAGGUAAUGAAAUGCAACACAUUACUUGAAGAGAAAACGAAGGAACUGGAAUUACUGAGAGGAAAUGAUGAAGCUGAAAUACUUAAACUAAAUGAGUUACUCUGUAAUAAAGACAUGGUCCUGAACCAUUUAUCUGUACAACUGGAAGAAUGUAAAGAAAAUUAUAAUAAUUUAGAUCAACAGAAGCAGCAGUAUUUGAAACAAUUAGAAGAUAUACAAAAAGAGAAUGAGGUGAUGGAAGAGAGACUGACAGGGAUUUCUGAAGAAUGCAGUAACCUAGAAGAAACUAUACAUGAACUUCAGCACUCAAAAGAUAAAUUAGAGUUGCUUAGUCAGUCAGCUACAAAAGACAGUAAUGAUGUAGAUGAACUGAUAAAUAAGCUGGAAAUUAAGUGUAAUGAUAUGGAGCAAGAAUUAAAAAAUAAAGAAGCAGAAUGCAAUGCAAAGAUUAAGGAUAUGCAGUCUUGCAUGGAAGAAUACAAGCAAUCAUAUGUUAGUAGACUAACCACUAAUGAAGAAGAAAAUAAAAAGGCCACAGAGAGGGUAGCACGGUUAGAGAAAGACAACAAUCAAUUGGCAAUGGAAAAGGUUAAGUUGCAAGAAAAAGUGGCACACAGUGAAGAAACAGUCAAUAAACAUGAUUCAGAAAUACAGCUACUUGAAAAGGAAAUAAACCAGCUGAAAGAAGAACUCAGAGAUAUAAAAGAUAAGCAAGCAAAGAAAGCAAGAGAACCUGCCAGUGUCAGUUCUGAAGAAAUGAAGAAGAAAACAGGAAAAGUUCCAGAGUCUCCAAGAAAGAUCCCUGGAUCACAGAGACACUUUAGCCAGAAACCUGUUACGUAUGAUGACUGGAGUGAAACAUCAGACGAUUCCUUUCUAGAUGUAACUUUUUCCAAGGGACUUGCAUCACGAUCUUUCUACAGUCAGCAUACUGGAUACAAGGAGGGAUUCACGAAGGCUGAAGUGCAUGCUGAAAAUGAUCAGCAAGAACGUUGCUCAAACAUAUUCAGUGCUUUACAAUCUUAGUAAUUUUUUUUUCUUUUUAUGCAGUGCAGUUUGACUGAUACAGAUUCAUAUAAUGACAAUUUUAAAAUACAAUCUUUUGCAACAGGUAUGGCAAGGUAGUUUUUUGUUGUAUUGUCCAGUGAUCCAGAUGUUGGAAUAGAUUCUUUUAAAUUCUGCCAGUGGAAUGUAUGUAAUGAUUAUACACUUGUGAUAAUGUUACUUCUCAUUCACAUUCACUAAUUUUAUUUUGCAACUACAUUGUUUGUUGGGAAUGGUGCUAAACAGCUCAAAGUUGUUUGGGCAAAUUGUUUAUAAAUCAUUGUAUAACAUCUCAUUUUGGGGUCUAGAGUUUGACUUGAAAUCUAAACAAGUUACUCGU